UCUCACAGCACUAGAUCAUCUUUCAAGAAAAUCAAACUUUCUCGUCUCCCGUGGCAGACGUGGCGGUGGUGGUGGUGAGGGCGGGGAGAAUGGGGCCACUGGAGUCCCCUCCGCAGUGGCUGCACCCCGGGGCCUUGCUGGUGUUCGUGGCCGCUGGGGACUGCAACUUUCAGGAACUAUCUCAGUCCCCGCUUCUCCAGACGACCACGCUGCUGGGCGUCAUCUGUCCGUCGCCAGGGAACUCCACCUACAGAGUGUUGACCAGACUCGUCUCGGAGGAAUGGGUCACGCUGGGCCUCUGGGACGCCGAUGCCUUCGCCACAUGGGACGCGCUGUUCCGUGAUCGCUUCGUGGACUUCAAGGGGCGAGAAUUUCCUAUAACCUGCUCCUACGACGACGUCCCGCUCGUGUACCGGCAGGAGAACGGCACCAUCGACGGCUCCAACAUACGGAUCAUAAAUGUCAUGGCAAAGUGGCUCAACUUCCGACCCGUCUAUACGCACCGUAGCACCGACGGGUCGUGGGGGUCGCCGGCGAACGGCACGUGGACGGGGUAUCUAGGAACAUUGUACCGCGGCCAGUCUUCCCUCGCCAUCAACUACUACACGGUGACGGAGGAGCGCGGCAGGGACUUCGACUACAGCGGCAGCUACUACAAUGAAGGGUUCGGGGUCAUGGUGAGAGUGCCGCCGCCGCUUCCCCGCUGGAUGAACCUGCUCUUCCCCUACACUGGAAUGGUCUGGGCGCUGGUGUUUGGCGUUAUGGUCCUCGUCACCCUCAUUUUCUACCUGCUCAACCUGCGGAAGUAUCACCUGUCUUUAGCGAGGAGCUUCUUGAUAACGCUAAGGGGUAUGGUGAUGCAGUCCAUGGAGCACCUACCGGCCUCGUGGGUCUCCAAGAGCUUCCUGGGCCUGUGGUGGUUCGUAAUGCUCGUCCUCGAUAUCUCGUACACGUGUAACCUCAUCGCCGUGCUCACUGUGCCCGCCUACCCCGCCCGCAUCCACACCUUCAAGCAGCUCGCCGACAGCAAACUCAAGAUGUGCAUGCUGGACUACGGAGAGUUCGUUCCCGAGGCGCUGCUGACCUCCACGGACGAGUCGCUGGCCAAGAUGGGAGCCAAGAUGGAGCUGUUGCCGGAGAACACCACGCUAAAGUUCUCCGGCACAAGUGCCUGCGUGGAGCGCGUUGUGGCCGGCACUCACGCCCAGGUGGACACCAACUCCUACAUAAAAAUAGUCUACCGCUCCCUUGGAGUCAACUCGAAGGUGUACAGCAUGAAGCCCCAGCUGUACAGGGGCCACUUGGCUCUCCUGUAUAGAAAGCACACGCCGUGGCGGCACAAGUUCAGCAAGGGGGUGCAGCGGCUGGUGGAGGCGGGGCUGGUGUACAAGUGGCACGACGAGAUCAUGGACUUGUUCCCCGGCCGUGAGGGCGAGGUUGGUGCCCCUCUCAGCCUGUCCUGCCCACCACCCACCCCUCACCUGCACCUCGCACCUGCCUGUCUGUGUGCUGAUCAUAACAAGAGGGCCAAAUACUUGUUUUAGGAGUGGCGGCAACUUCACGAAAUGCCGCUUUUGAUUUCCAUUUCUGGUGCGUCCUUGACCAUCAUGACUUCCCACAGACGAUGGAGCAUGAGCCCGAUGAGCUGACCCUCGCCCACCUGCAGAGCUCCUUUAUGAUCCUGGGGAUGGGC